CGCUCGCUAGCUGGCUCCCGCCCGCCCUCCGCCCCUCCUCCGCCGGGUUGGGUCGCGGCCCCCACUCGCCCUUGGCCGCUGCCCCUCGCCGCCGGAGAGCCUGCCCGCGCACAGGGCCCUGGAGCGCCCGGCGGUAGCGCGUCGCCAGCCGUGCCCGGAGUCCGAGCGCAGCCUCGAGGUCUCACCUGAGGUGCCCCUGACGGUCCCUGUCCCCCACCGCACCCCGCACCCCGGCAAUGCUAACCGCUGUCUGCGGCUCUCUGGGCAGCCAGCACACGGACGCGCCUCACGCCUCCCCUCCGCGCCUCGACCUGCAGCCUCUCCAAACAUACCAGGGCCACACGAGCCCGGAGGCGGGGGACUACCCCUCCCCGCUGCAGCCUGGAGAGCUGCAGAGCCUCCCGCUGGGCCCCGAGGUGGACUUCUCGCAGGGCUAUGAGCUCCCGGGGGCCUCCUCCCGCGUAACCUGUGAGGACCUGGAAAGCGACAAUCCCUUGGCCCCGGGACCCUUCUCCAAGCUCCUGCAGCCAGACAUGUCACACCAUUACGAAUCGUGGUUCCGGCCGACUCACCCGGGCGCGGAGGAUGGCUCCUGGUGGGACCUUCAUCCGGGGACCACCUGGAUGGACCUCCCCCACACGCAGGGCGCGCUGACCUCCCCUGGCCACCCGGGGGCGCUGCAGGCUGGCCUGGGGGGCUACGUUGGAGACCAUCAGCUCUGCGCCCCGCCGCCCCACCCACACCCACACCACCUCCUCCCAGCCGCCGGAGGGCAGCACCUCCUGGGGCCUCCCGACGGGGCAAAGGCCUUGGAGGCGGUGGCCCCGGAGUCCCAGGGGCUGGAUUCCGGCCUAGACGGGGCGACGCGGCCCAAAGGCUCCCGGCGGUCCGUGCCCCGCAGCUCAGGUCAGACCGUGUGCCGCUGCCCCAACUGCCUGGAGGCGGAGCGACUGGGGGCUCCGUGCGGGCCCGACGGGGGCAAGAAGAAGCAUUUGCACAACUGCCACAUCCCCGGCUGCGGCAAAGCCUACGCCAAGACGUCGCACCUGAAGGCGCACCUGCGCUGGCACAGCGGCGACCGGCCCUUCGUGUGCAACUGGCUGUUCUGCGGCAAGCGCUUCACGCGCUCCGACGAGCUGCAGCGCCACCUCCAGACCCACACGGGCACCAAGAAGUUCCCCUGCGCCGUCUGCAGCCGCGUCUUCAUGCGCAGCGACCACCUGGCCAAGCACAUGAAGACCCACGAGGGCGCCAAGGAGGAGGCUGCAGGGGCGGCCGCGGGCGAGGGCAAGGCCGGCGGCGCGGUGGAGCCCCCCGGGGGCAAAGGCAAGCGGGAGGCGGAGGGCGGCGCGGCUCCCUCCAACUGAGCGCCUCCCGCCGCCUCCCCGCCGGUCUCCCCCGGGGCGUCCGAAGAGAGCCCGCUGGCCCGACGUCCCCGGGGGCGGCUGGAGUGAGAGGAGACGGUGGUUAUUUAUUGA